AUGGCGUCAUCGGGAGCCGACAGGGAGACCCGCAGGGAGAGAAUAUUGCGGCCACCCGCAGUGAAGCCGCCCGCAAAGGUGACUCAGAGGAGGAGGCUCCUGGUCAGACCAAACGAGGACCCGCAGCCGCGCAAGAUCCCUCGACAGGAGAAGCUGGUGCGGCCGGAUGUGGCGGGGCGGCUGAGGACUCUUCGGCCGACCCCUUCUCCACUUGCGUUGGAGCAGGUGGAGAAAUCAGGCCUCCCGGCCAGGGACCACGUUGUCGCUCGAGACAGCGACGAGUCCAGUUCAUCGGAGAACGUGGCAAAGAAAAGCAGAAGGGAGAAGAACCUGGCAAGGAGGAGGCACCGUCGUCUCCAUCUCUAUGUUCAGGAAAGCAUGGAGGCCAUAAAGCUGGGUUUGAGCUUGCUAGAGAAGAAGGCGAUCACAGCCAACACCGAGCGCUAUUACCAGGCGGAGCUAUCAGGUUUGAAGGCUUUCGCGAAGCGGCAGGGCGUGGAUCUCAACAAGAAGGACACGAGGGACACGGAGGUGGACCGAGUAAUCACGGAGUACUUCAACCACCUCUUCAUGGCCGGGCAUCCAGCUCACAGGGGCGACAAGAUCCUUGCCUCCCUCAUGCACUUCCGCUCCCAGUACAGUCGGAUGGGAGGCGGAAAGCUUCCUCGGAGCUGGCGGGCCUUGAAAGGAUGGAAACGAUUGAGCCCAGGGCAGUCUCGCCGAGCGAUGCCGUUGGCAGUCUGGUGCGCCAUCUCCAUGGAGCUGGUGAGAAUGGGCCAACUCCGCAUGGCAUUAUUCCUGAUG